UUCUACUGGGCUGAAAAGAGCGCCGGCUGAAAAAGAUAGGGUGAAGAAGUAUACACUAUUUACGAAUACAAUAUAAAAAUAAAAACGCAUGCAAACAGAAUUUGCAAAUAAAAAUAUAAUGAUACGUUUGGUUAAUGUAGAUGAAACGAAGUAGGCCUCUAUGAAAACAGUUCAGUGAAAAAAUCAAGUCAGUUAAGACGAACUAUCAGUGCACGUCAAGAUACAUUCCUGUGCUGGUAUAAAAUUUCAUAAAUAUAAGAAAUCCUUCAAAAUGUUUGCCCUUUGGUAUGCAGCUUUAACAUAUAAAGAGUACAAAGAUGUUCUUUGGGAAAAGAUAUUACCAAAGAAGCGAACCUCAACUCCCGCUAAAGAAACGGCAGUGGUAUGCCCAUUACCCCCUAAACGAAGUGAGCCCUCCAAAAUACCAAUUGUGGAGCCACCUAAAUCACCAAGAACACCAUCUCCGGUACCUUCCAAUCUCUCGACUCCAGAAUAUCCCCUGUCUCCUCAAGCCACUUCAACCCCUAUUAAACGAAGCCCAGAGAACCCAAAACCUCUGGAACCUCCAGCCAAGCCUCCUAGAUCUCCAUCUCCACAUCCAAUAAAAUCUGAAACACUUGAUGAUAUUGAGUACGAGGAUGAAGAUGAAGAAGAAGAGGAGGAAGCAAGCGAUGUUGAAGAGGACGAUGAAAAUUCGGUCAUCUCAUCUUCCCCUAGAAGGGCUCAGUUAUCAAAUACUGUUAACGAGUUCAUUAACCAAGAAGUAAACCAGCCCAAUUCCUUACGCCUGAAUCAGACAAGGUAGAGAGUGUUUUUUUUUUGACUUUUACUGUUGGUCAGGUGCGAACUUUAGUUUGAUAAUAAUUUGGGUAAGUUUGACCAAUUGUUUCUUUCGUUAUUGUUUUUUUUUUGUUUCACUAAUAUUUAUUGUUUGUAACUGUUAGAUAAUUUAUUGGAGAGUUUUAAAUAAUUUUAAUGAAUAAAAUGUUUUAAAAGUU